AAUAAACAAUUAGUUAAACAAAAUGUCACCAAUAUUUUAUAUUUUAAAUAUUUAUUUACUUCAAAAUGUUUCAUUUACUACUUGUAAUACUCUAACUUAUAAAUUAAAUCAAGAAAAUUUAAAUUUAUCUUCAUUUGAACAUUUAAUGAUUACAGGUGAAUCAUUAAUGGAGAUACAUAAUGAAAUUUAUCAAAUGAAAACUACAUCAAAUAAACUUAAUAUAAAAACAUAUGAAUUAAAACCAGAUGAAGAAAUAUUAUAUACAGAUAUACCACAAUAUAUUAUACAACCUCCAUCAAUAUUAUAUACAUCUAAAUGGCAACCAGCAAUAGUACAUUGUGUUGCAGAACCUGUUAUAUUAUUAUAUAUAGUUUGUGUUACUAAUCCAAUUCAUUCAAAUGCACGUUAUGAAUAUAAUAAAGAAUAUAUUGAAUUAUUAAUGAAUCAAACAUUUAAACAAUAUAGUAAUUUGUUAAAUAUAAAAUUAUCAAAAAAAUUUAAUAUUAAUAUAUCAAAUAAACAAAAUCGUAAAACAAGUAUACGUUUAAUUGAUGAAAAUACAGUAGAAGAAUGGUUUGGUGAUUAUUGGUGUCAAUGUGAAGCAUGGAAUAAUAUUUUAAAAUUAGGUGAACCACGUGUAAAAAUUAGUAAUCAAACACAUAUACGUAUUGCAUAUUUAAAUAAACGUUUUAUAAAACAUCCAGAGUCAACAAGAAUACCACUUGGUUGGACUGUGGAAUUCACAUGUGAACCACCAGAUGGGAGACCAAUACCAAAGGUCUAUUGGAUGAAAAAUGGACGUAAACUUGAAGUGAAUCAUUUCCAAGAUCCAAUGUCGAAAUCUUUAAAACAGACAAAUAAUAAUCCUAAUUAUCAAAUCAUAAACCAUGAUUUAAAUGUUAAUUAUUCUGGAUUAAUUAGUCGUUUAAUUAUACGUCAUACACAUUUGAAUGAUGAAGGUGUUUAUACAUGUGUAGUUGAAAAUCAAGCUGGACGACGUAUUUCAUCGAAUGCACAACUUACAAUACAUACUGAUGGACAUUGGUCAACCUGGUCAUCAUGGUCAAAUUGUCCAAAUGAUUGUGUAAUAUCACAGCUUAACUCUACAAUGUCACAAUUAUCUAAUCACAGUAAAAUUUCAGAAUAUAAUAAUAAAUUGAUUUGUUCUACACAAUGUCGUCAAUCGUUUGGUCAACGUACAAGAUGGUGUAAUGCUCCAGAACCACAUGGAGGUGGGAGAAAAUGUCAUGGUGAAAAUACUGAACAUCUAUCUUGUUACGAUAUUUGUUUAGAUAAUUUAACAAAUUCUCAACAAAUUUAUCAUGAUGAAAAUAAUUUCCUAAAUGAAAGAAAACAAAUCACAGUUUUGGAAUUUAGCUUAUUAUUUGGUUUAGGAUUAGCUAUUCUGUUCUUCUUAAUUGCUGCUACAUGUGUAUUAUAUAUACUUGCAAAUAAAUGCUGCCCAAUUAUGUUGAAAUUAUUACCAAAUGAAACAAUACUAUCAAUUAAUUUACUUCAUUCAUUAAUUCAUUGGUCAAAAUGUAAACAAACAAUAAAUCAGUGUCAUACAACCAAGUCCUCUACACAAGAUUUUGAUUCAAUUCAACAAUUUAUGGAAUAUAAAAGUGAAACUAUUUAUUCACCAAAUUUCAAUUGUCAACAAUCAUUACAUUAUGAUUGUGUUAGUUUAAUGCCAUUGAAUAAAUAUAAUAGUAGAAGUAUCAUAUCAAUGAAUCAGAUUUAUACAGAUGAUAUAAUUCAUCCCCGUAUUGAACCUAAUUCAUAUAAGAAAAACUACAAUCUUGAAAGAGCAAAUUACCAAUUCAAUGAUAAUCAAUGCUGUGAUAAUUCAAUGAAUCAAUUUCAUAUGAAUGUACCAAUCCAAUCAAAUUCUCAAAUUAAAUCAUACAAUCAUAUCAAAACAGAAAGGAAUACCCUGAAUCUACCAUUGUAUUUAACACAUAGUCAUAGUACACAAUUCAUUAAUAAUUUACAAACACUGAAAGAAUUUAAUCAUCAAAUAACUGAUAAUCUAUACAAUUUAAAUCAUUCAUUUAACCAUUUAAAUGUGUUAUUGAAUUCUAGAGAUGAAUUUCCUAAUUCGAUCAUUGAUCAAAGAUAUUUUUCAAUUCCAACAACUUCAGUGCUAAACACAAAAUUAACUACCAUGGAAGAUAAUGUUAGUCCUUAUUUUUCUGUAGUCAUAUCACCGAAUCAAAUUGAUACUAAUCCUGGUUUAAAUUCAUUGAAUAGUCGAAGAAAAACUAUUAUUCCGAUAUCAUCCUAGUCAUUGUGUGAAAUUCAACUUGGGAUUAUUGAUGACAAUUUACACUUAUAGGAUGUAAAUUGUGGUUUUAUCUGAUAGAUUGUUGUAUGCAUAUGUGUAUAUAUAAAACUGUGUUGGUAUUAUAGAUUGAAUGAGAAUUAUGUGAUAUUAUUAUAUGGGAAAAAUAUUUUCCAUAAAUCUAUCUACGCACAAAAAGAAUUUCAUAUCUAUGUAUCUAUGUGAUUUGAAUGCAUUUUUAUUUGAUUUAUUUUAUCUACUGACUUAUUUUAAAGUAGUAUGUUAUUAAUUUCAAAAUAACGUUGUAAUGAAAAAGAUUCGUUAUCUGUUCUAUUGAUUUUUCUUUUGGAUAUUAUGGCAC